UAAACUGUACUUCUGGCUGCAGUGCUGAUUCUGAUUCCUGCCACAUUAUGUCAGGGGACAGUGACUGCACCAGGACAAGUCCAUCAGCGGGGUCUCCAUCAGACAACGAGUUCUUACCAGAUCGGCCAAAGUAUGUUUGUUCACUGUCUCCUGAUCUCAUCACCAAAGCCCGGGAAGAGCUCCAGGAGAAACCUGAAUGGAGGCUCCGUGACGUGCAGGCACUCCGAGAUAUGGUGUGCAAAGACUAUCCCUCCCUGGGGACCUGCCUGGACGAUGCUUUUUUGCUAAGAUUCCUCAGAGCCAGGAAAUUUGAUUACGAUCGAGCCCUUCAGCUUCUGGUGAACUACCACACCUGUAGGAGGACCUGGCCUGAGGUCUUCAAUAACUUGAAGCCAUCUGCAGUAAAACCUGUCCUAGAGUCUGGUUUUGUCACUGUGCUGCCUCGUCUGGACCCAGAGGGACGUCACAUUGUCUGCAUCCGUCCAGACAGAUGGACACCCAGUAACUACCCGAUUACUGAGAACAUUCGUGCCAUAUACUUAACGUUAGAAAAACUCAUUCAAUCCGAAGAGACCCAGGUGAAUGGAAUUGUCAUCCUGGCAGACUACAAAGGAGUCAGCUUAUCUAAGGCAUCUCAUUUUGGUCCUUUUGUAGCCAAAAAAGUGAUUGGAAUUCUUCAGGAUGGAUUCCCCAUUCGAAUAAAAGCCGUUAACAUAAUAAAUGAGCCUCGUAUAUUCAAAGGCAUUUUUGCAAUCAUCAAGCCUUUUCUGAAGGAAAAGAUAGCAAAUCGGUUUUUUCUUCAUGGCUGUGAUCUCAAUUCCCUUCAUCAGAACAUUCCUCCAGUGAUCCUUCCUGAAGAGUAUGGUGGUACUUCAGGGAAGCUGGACAUCUCUGCAUGGAAUGAGCUGCUGCUAGCCUCUGAAGAGGACUUCCUGCAUGACUUCUCACAGCUGGUUCUCCCCUGUGACAGCUCUCCCCAUGACAUGCUAGUGAGUGGGGAUGCUGAUGAAAAGCAGUGUGAUGAUUCUCUGCGAGGCAUGAAACCUCAGCUCUAUUACUGUUAUUAAAAAAAAAAAACAGGGAAAGGAAGUUUUCCAGCACAGUUAAGAUCUGUUCUGAUGGGUGAUGUUGUGAACUCUGCCUUACUCCUAAACCUGCAGUUCAGGAACAGACCGCCAAGGCACUUUACACUGUAGAACCAAAGGAAGCUGAAGAGGGCACAGUGGGGGCAGGGCAGAGUUCAGGGAGAAUAAAGGCAAAGAGCACAAGUUAUGCAGAUACUUGAGGCUCCUCGGCCUCUGUGGGAAUGAUGCAAAUUGGCUUAUUCUUUUAAACGAUAAAGAAAAAUAUUGCAGGAUGGUAAGCUUGAUAGUUUCUUAUCCCCUUCUUGCCCAGGUGAAAAGUGAAAAUGACUUACUAGCUUUGUGACCAUCCAUUCCUUUCUCCUUCUGAAAACACCAGUAAUCCAAUACAAGAAAAUUGCUUUUGAACCCUGCAAAAUGUAGUUCUGUCAGUGAAGGUUGCUUAAAAAAAGAGUAGAAGUCCAACUUGGCAGUUGGUUCAGAUUGUGAGUUGGCAUUUCUGGACUAUCUCCAUGAACAUUUGGUUCAAAUGAAUGAAUACCAGUAUAGAGAUAAUUUCUGAAACUGCCUCACAGUAGGAAGACCUAAAACUGGUGGAUUAACUACUUGAAUAUCUAUGAACACUUAUAAACAGAUGCAGUCUUCAUUUUCAGAAAACAGGACGUUGUUCCAAUCAAGUACUAAGGCUAUUAAUUAGAUGAUACACUUCCAAAUAAUGAGGUUCAGGACCAAGUAAGAAAAUGCUAUGUCAGUCACCUUACCACAGUGUCAGUUGUUCUUUUCUUCAGCUGGCUGUGAUGAGGAGCUGGGUAAGGAACUCGUACGGAAAACUCCUAAGGAGACUUUGUAGCAGUUGGCGUAUGAGGUGUGGAAGACAAUACUUCAUGUGAGACAACAAGGUGCUUCUUCAGCUUGUUACUUUAGGCAGAAUUUGAGUUUAACAGUCAGUGAAACCAAAUGCAGACAGGCUUUUUGAAAGCACAUUCUUAAACUUCCUGGUAUUGUAGCAUUAUUUUUUUUUUUCCACUGUGCCUGUGGGCUCUUUUGUGAACUGUUACAAUUUUGGCUUCAACUUUGUUGACCUCUUUUGUCUUUGGUUGUCAUGUUCCUCUAUGAAGUUAGACUUUAAUCUUCUCUGUAAUAUUUACCUGUAGCUUGUAUACCUGUGCUUCUAGGUCUUUGUCUAGAGACAGAACUAAGACUGCGAUGUCAAAUCAGGGUAAGAUACCCAUGUCUAAAUAAGCUGGGCCCACUCCCCAAGUUCAGUCUGUUUCACAGUCUUGAAUUCAACCUUAACUGUCAGCACAUGCUUUGCACACACUUUUCUGCACAAUAAUACUGUGGUCCUCACUAGGACCAGGAAAGCAGUUACUUCCAGGUGAAAUAUUUCACUCUGGUGUAAAAGGAAACCCCUUCUAAUUGGAGACUUCUCUCUAGAGCACUUUUCUCUGGCUGAAAUCUUUAGUGCCAAGUGUGAUUAUAGCUACCAGUUAUGUUUCUGUAAAUAUAAAACUAAAGCAUCUUGAGGAUUUCAGACAUUCAUUUUUCAAAGUGCCAAACUCUUCUUUUGAAUGUCUCUCUUCCUCUCAGUCCCCCUACAGCACGAUUGCAUUGCCAAAAAGAGACUCCUCCACCACUGAAAUGACUUCCUGAUCUGCCAGCAGGCAUUAUCCUGGAAUUAGGGGGAUAGCAAAUGCCAUACCUGUUGUCCGGGCAUUAUCAAAGGAGACUGGGUUUUGAAAACAGGUAAACUGUGAGGCUUUUUUCUGGGUGGCAGUUCCAAAUUUGUGGGAGCAGAGAACUCAUCACUUGAGCUGUUUUAGAAUAAAGGUGGGAAGAGAUUAAUUUUCUUCAUGGAAAACAUCUGUUUUUUUCCUACCUUUGUAAGUCAAUCCUUUACUCCUCUUUGACAGCCUUACCUCUAGUGCAGGGGAAGAAAACCACAACAAACCCCACCAUUUUAAUCUAUUUAAAAUAAGGUAAGAAGCACUGCUGGCCACUGACCAUCAUGUGCUGCAUGUUUUGCAGAGAUAAAUUCAGUCUUUGUGCCACCUAGCAAGACAGCAGCACACAGCACCAGGAUUUAGAAAGGUAAGUGGCUGCCCACACUGUUUCACUGCCAGAGCAGUGGUGUUUAUGUUGGUUUAGUGCCUCUUAGUUCCAGCCACAAUAUACAAUUAAACAGAUAAAUUAGGAUGGACCAUUUUUCCUCAAGGCAUGACUGGUAUUUGAUAUUCCUUCCUUAAUUGUGCUGCAGGGUUUGAAAGGGCUUAGACAGUUAACCUGUAAGAACAGCUACAUUGAUCUAUUUAUGUAACUACUUGAGAGGGAGAUUGAAUAUUCAAAAUUCAAUUUAGUGCCCUCCAAAGAAAAAAGUAACUAAACUGUAGUGUUGUUCAGCAGAAGGCUGAGGACCCUCUAUUGAAACCAAACCCUUCUUCAGGCUUUUAUAUUCUCUUGCAUGCCUUAAAUAGUAGGCAAACUAGAUCCAUCUCUCCCUCCCCUUCUCUCCUCUGCUCACAGAAACUAAGCUGAAGCUUAUGCUUUAAACAUAAUAGAUAAGGCUGUUAUCAGGGCUUGACACAGCCUGUGCUAUGCCUCCAGAACUUCUUUUUCUCACAGCUGGCUGCUGGGCAGUUGAUGGCAGGAUGCUUGAAUUAAGCCAGGCUUACCUUUGUCAGGCAUCUGGUAGUUCUAAUUUGCUCUCUUUUGGCUUUAGAACUCAGAGCUGCAAUUUGAUUGAGCUGUAUCUCUAACCCUUGUCAGCUUUGUGACCAGUGCUUGGCUUGCCUUACAGAAAGCACAGCUCUGUCUGAUACAUGCCUGACUGCUGAGCUGAGUGUUCUUUGAGCUUCAGCACUUGCUAGCAAAGGAAUCAGUCUGUUCCCAAAAUUCCUCAUGUCAGCAUUUGGAAAAUAAACUCUUGUUUAAAGUAUAGAGUCUCCUUAUCUGCAACUUAAGAGACAGAAAAAGCAUACAGGGUUUUGUUUUGUUUUUGUUUCUUUCUUUCAUAGCACUAGAACUGAUCUCUUCUUUUCUCCAGUUGAAAUAACUUUGUUUCCAGAGGUUUCAAGCCUUGCCCAGUGCUUAAGCCAUCCCUGCCAAAUCCAGUGCAUAAUAAGGAAAGAUACUUGAACUGCAUUGGGCACCCAGGGCUUUUGCCUUUAAGUGGGACAAAAAGGUGGCUGCAUAUUGUACAUAAAAGUACUUGAAUUUAUACUCUUGCAAAUGGGUGUUAUAAACCCUGAGGUAUCUUCAGGAAAUUAGUAAAGUAGUUUUGUUUUGCUUUGUGUUAAGUCUCAUUUUGGCAUGAGUUUAAUCAUAAUGUUACUCAAACUAAUAAUUUUGCCUUCUGUUGUAUGUGGGCCUAGAGGUGUUGGGUGGUUACGUGUACAUCUUACUUUGACAAAAUUUAUUUUUAUAAUGCAUUUUAUAAAAUGGAGUGGUCAAAAUGUGUAAUUUUAUGCUGCAUGACUGGGUGAAUAAACACACUGUAACAGCUGCUAAUUGA